CAUAAUCACCACAUCAUCUCAGAAUAACGCUACCACCAUGGAUCAAGUUAUCGGAGAUCACAAUCAUUACAGCAGCAAGGAUCUGGCGGCUGCUGCAACCCUAGUUGGUCUCGGCUUGCGUGUUCAAGAUGCCCCGGCGAGCAGCGAAGUCUACAGACAAGUGAAGAGGAGACGGAGUCGGCUCGAUGAGCUGCGAGAACUAAUUCGCUAUGAGGAAGCGUCGUUGAUGCCGAUCUACGACGACUACAUGGCGAAUAUACGGUAUCGUUGGGCAGCUGAGAACCCUUCCACUCCUUUCCGGAUUAGUGCGAGCCCUGCGGGCAGAGCAAUCUUACAAGCUGAGUGCAUUAAAGCUCGUACAUGGCUUUUGGACCUCAUAAAGCUGCAUCAGAAAAUCGACAGAUCCCACACCUUACGUAUCUUACGCUCUAUGGUAGAGAAACAAGCGGGUAUCGAUAGCAGACCCAUGACUGAACUCGAGCAAUUUUACAUGAAACUCACCGAUCCGGAUGAAGACGGCCACGAUACUGAAUGGGAUUUCGAAGAUCAUUUAGAUGCGACGUUAACAUUGACAAUACACAACAAUUGGGCCGAAACCCACAAGGACACACUCGAGAGGCUACGUCAAGUUGCAAGUCGCGCGCCCUUCCGAUCUCUGUCACCGAGCCAACUUAUCACCCAUCGUAUGGUCCAGAAGAUGCGUCGUACCAACAAGAUCGACGCCUUUGCAUGCGCUAUUCCACUCUCUACUAUCAAACAGCAUUCUAAAGAAGAACAGCUGUGUCCUAUCUGCCAGAAUGAGUAUCUUGACCUGCAUAAAUUCUCCAUCAAAGACCUCAUUGCGGACUAUCCGGUGCGAAUGAAAUACUGCGGACAUAUCAUCGGUAAAUCGUGUCUCGAGACAUGGAUGGCUACCCCAUUGGUGGAUCCUGCUCGCUAUCCUUAUCGCACCUGUCCUAUCUGCCGAGUUCCCAUUGGGAAACGUUGCGCAUCCGACGUGCCCGAGGCCAUACACAAUCAUGCCUGCCACAACGCGUACGCAAAGAAAAUUAGGCAAGAGAGAGACUUGGCGAUUAAUGACAUCUCCGAUGGCAUAUUAGGAUGUAUAAGCGAGGAGCUUGUGGUCCAGCAACUGAUGGUGGAAGUUCGACAGCAGCAGUUGGAUGGUAAUCUGGAUAAACUGAAGGAACGUGAGUGCAAAGAAGUGCUGGAACGAUCUCUAAAGGCCCUGGAAGAGGAAAAGAGGAUGUGGGGCUUUGAGGAAAAGGAUAUGAGCAAAAUGUGGGAAAAGGUGAGCAGCGAAUGGAUUGAGAGUGGUGCUCAUACUUGA